CUGAUCGUCUCCAAACUCCAAUAUUAGCGCCAUGGGUGUCACCGGAAAAGCAGCAUAUCAUCUCUUCACAUUAUUGUUCGUCUUCUUUGUAGGAGUGAUCACCUAUGCUGAUGACUAUGCCCGGCCUCCGGCAGGCCGGUCCCUUUUUGUACCAGUGUCCGAAAAUCAUAGUAAAACUUCUCCCCAACAGGUACAUAUAUCGUUAUCUGGUAACGAUAAAAUGAGAAUAUCGUGGAUUACUGAUGAUACGACUCCAUCUACUGUCAAGUAUGGAAAAUCUCAAGGGAAUCUUCUAACUUCUUUAAAUGGGACGAGUUCUACGUACAAAUACCUCAUAUACAAGUCUGGUCAAAUACACGAUGUGGUGAUUGGUCCAUUGGAACCGAGUACCACAUAUUACUACAAAUGUGGCCUUGAUUCAAGUCCCGAGCAUAGUUUCCGAACUCCCCCGGCUCAGUUUCCUAUUAGUUUUGCGGUUUCAGGAGAUUUAGGACAAACCGAAUGGACAAAAUCGACCCUCCAUCAUAUCAAAAAAACCGAUUACGAUGUUUUACUACUCCCUGGUGACCUAUCAUAUGCUGAUUAUUUCCAACCAUUCUGGGACUCGUUUGGCCGCUUGGUUGAGCCAUUAGCAAGCCAACGACCGUGGAUGGUGACUCAAGGCAACCACGAGGUUGAAAGAAUUCCUAUCAUCCACAAAGAGAAGUUUUCCGCUUACAAUGCUAGAUGGCAUAUGCCUUUUGAAGAGAGUGGUUCCAAUUCCAACUUAUACUAUUCUUUUGAAGUUGUUGGUGUCCAUGUGAUCAUGCUUGGAUCCUACACGGACUUUGGACCAGACUCAAGCCAAUACAAAUGGCUCGAGUCUGAUUUGAAAAAGGUUGAUAGGAAACGAACCCCUUGGUUGUUUGUUCUUGUUCAUGCUCCUUGGUAUAAUUCAAAUACGGCCCAUCAAGGAGAGAAAGAAAGCACUGAUAUGAGGGAUUCGAUGGAAACCUUGCUUUAUAAUGCUCGUGUUGACAUAGUUUUCGCCGGUCAUGUUCAUGCAUACGAACGCUUUACACGCGUAUACAAACAAGAAGCUGAUAAAUGUGGUCCAGUGCAUAUUACUAUCGGGGAUGGAGGCAACCGUGAAGGUCUAGCUUCAAAGUACAAUGAUCCCCAACCAAAAAUAUCGGUGUUUAGGGAGGCAAGUUUUGGGCAUGGACACUUGCGGGUGAUGAAUGAGAGUCACGCACAAUGGAUAUGGCAUAGAAAUGAUAAUGCUCAACCAGACUUGACAUGGUUCACUAGUCUUGCUUCCGAUCCUGCUUGUGUGGUUUAGACCAAUUAACAUGCAUGUGUUAAGUGAAUUAACCGGCCGUCCAUCUUGUCAUUUGGCGCGCAUACAAGUAUAUAUAUAUAUAGCAACCUGACGGAACCAAAUUAAUAAUACAUAGGGUACAUAAAUCUAUCUAAAGUUGUUGGGUUUCAAAUCGAUCAAUCGAAUUCUAAUAAAUUAUACGAGUA